AAAUAAUUUCAAUUUCUCCAAUUUAUAAUUCCACCCAAAAAAACGGCUAAUCCUGAGCUCUGCAGUUUUGGCUUUCAUGCGCUUUCUCAUUCCCUCCACCUAUCUAUCUCUCCUCCUUUCUCUCUCUAACUACUUUGAACCACUGCCAUGGCUUCCAGUAGCUUAGGUGUUUCAAACACACAAAUUUUGAGCUCUAAGCUUAAUAACAGGAGAAGCUGUUCUUUGGCAUCCUUCCCACGUGUUAUUCGGGCAGGAAAUAGGCCAAAUUCAUGGAAGAAUUCUGGUUUAAAAAUGUCACAAAGUUCACAUAAAGAAUUAAUUGUGUGCCGCGCUCAAGCAUCGUUAGUCACAGAAAAUGAGCCAGCCGCUUCAAUAAUAGAGGUGGGAGAAGAGCAAAGUAACUCUGGUUCAGUUAGCCAGCUUAUUCCAAAUUCAGACGAGGUGAAAUUAUUGGUAACAGAAAUCUGCGAUACAACGUCAAUUGCAGAAUUUGAACUGAAACUUAAUGGCUUUCACCUUCAUGUAACAAGGGCCUUGUCCGAGGGUGUUAACCCUCCUCCGUCUUUGCCUACGCCGGGUUCGGUUUCUAUGAGUGCAAACACAGCAGUAGAGGCACCUUCUUUGAAUGGUCCAGUCUCGCCAUCUUCAUUAGCCAUCACCAAGGCAGGGCCUUUAGAUAUAACUCACGGCACCUUGCUAGAGAGAGCUGCAGAUGAAGGAUUCGUAAUAAUUCAAUCACCAAAGGUUGGGUUUUUCCGGAGAUGUCGAACCAUUAAAGGGAAGCGUGCGCCUCCAGCUUGCAAAGAGAAGCAAGUAGUUAAGGAGGGGCAAGUGAUAUGCUACAUUGAUCAGCUAGGUGGCGAAAUACCAGUUGAGUCAGAUGUAUCUGGUGAAGUUACAAAGAUCCUACGUCAGGAUGGCGAACCUGUGGGAUAUGGUGAUGCUAUAGUCGCGAUCCUCCCAUCUUUCCCAGGCAUAAAGAAGCUGCAAUUGGAUGGAUAAUUUGCCUAAAUUUCCCAUUUGUUGGUGGGAAAUUGGUGUACAGGAUACUGAAAGGUGCAAAGAGAGACUACUCCUCAAAAUCUGUCACUUUACCUCCAGGAAACUACUGUUUUUUUUUUUUUUUUUUUUAAAUUUGAAUGGUUAUUGGAUUUUCCAGUAGUAUUUCAUAAGCUAUUUUGGUUGGGAUUGCAUAAAGCUGUUCAUCCCUUUCACUUUCUGUAAUUUUACACAUCAUUUUUCCAGAUUAGAAACUAUACUAUUCUUUUAA